AUGCUCAUGGAAAGAGAAAAAAAUCUUCAGUAUGGUUGGAACGAAAAGUUAAGUUGUCCAAAUAUGAUCACAGCAGCGACUGCAACUCGAUUGAGAAGAUUGGGAGAGCUUUUUCAAAAAGUAAAAAAGACCCCCAGGUAUUUUAUUAACAUGGUGUACCAACCAUGCUGUGCAUUUCCGUUUUUCUAUCAAAAAUUUGAUACUGCGGGAAAUCAAACACAGUGUAGAUUAAAUGAAGAUUGA